GUUCUGCUCACAAUUUCCCCCAAAACACAAACAAACCAAAACACAGCAACUCAACCAAAAUCCCACCUGAUACUGGUACCCAAAAAUGAUUGGCAGCACCCUCUCUAUCCAACCUGACACUCUUAUUGAAUGCACAGUGAUUAGACCCACUCGUCGUCUGUCUGACUUUGUGACUGGCUUGAGUAGCCGUAGACUUACCCUCUUGCCAUCAGCAAACACUUCAAACAGCAUCCGUUCUCUUGACAGCUCUAGUAGCUCCAUCAGAAAGAAAAGAGUCAGAUUUGGUUCCAUCUUGGAAGAGAAACAUGAGUAUCCCGCAGCUGCCUCUCUGACCCACAAGAGUGACUUGUGGUACCCCAUGGGGGAACUGCAAGAGAGCGUUGCCGCAGACAUUGACAGUCUUCACUUUUACCAGUACCAACAGAGGUUUCAAGCACCAGGUGAAGCGUCUGAGCCUGAGCCUGAUUCAGACGAACUUUCAACAACCGUGGAACAAAGGGGUCUGGAAUUCUACAUGGAGGAUCAGAUACAUAGAAGACACUCAGUGAGGCACUACGUUCACAUGGUAAUUAUGAAGUCUCGACAGAGCCCCACCGCCAAGAGGUUCUCUUUAGUCAAGGGAAGCAGCAACGUGAGCACCAGCAGUACCGAUAGCGUCACCCGCUAUUCCUUGCAAUUUACAGCCCAUGCCAAGGAUGUGGCAUUCAGGCAGGCCAUGGAAGACGAAGUUGACGCGCGUAGAAUCUAUCUAGCUGACGGCACCGUCCAAAGUUCCACCGAUUUUGCGGCAAAGAGUACAGAAUCACUCAAGAGAAAAGCCAUGGAAGCUACUGCAGGGCCACGAAGCUCCAUCACUGCCAUGUCGGCAUGAAUGGAAUCAUCACGCACGUCUUUGUAAUUCUCUAAGAAACUUUUUGUGAAACUCAGCUCUUGCACAGUACCCGUAAUACUUUAGAAAGGCAGCACCGGCCAUAAGAUAUCAUCAGAAUUGAAAGGUUGC